AAUCCUGCACAUCACAACUUGGUUUCCUUAAUAUUAAUUCUUCAAAGCAAUUAAAAAUAUAAUUAGACAAAAGACUAUGGAGAAGUUAGCUCAAGUGGUUGCUUUUUUGCUUCUUGCAUCUCUCUUUCAACCUUUCAUGUCUCAGUCCGAUGAUGGUUGCCCAGGAGUGAAAAAGGAGACAUGGCCAGAACUUCUAGGGGUACCAGCUAAGUUAGCAAGGGAAACAAUUGAGAAGGAAGAAGCAACACUAACUAAUGUUCAAACUGUACUGAAUGGGAGAUUUGUGACACAAGAUUUUAGAUGUGAUCGAGUUCGUCUCUGGGUUAAUGUGUUGGAUUUUGUUGUACAAACUCCUCGGGUUGGUUAAGGAAAAUUAUUUAAGUAUUUAAAUAAAUUGGAGCCGCAAA